UUGUAUCAUGUAUCAAUGGAUAAUAAAUAAAUAAAUAAAUAAAUAUACCAAUUGUGCCGAACUAUCAAACUAAGAGAUUUUAAGGGGAAGAUAUGUGUUACACAAACUUGCAAUAAUGGUACGUAAAUGUUGAUUCAAUUCAUACACUAAUAGUUCUGUGCUGAUCGAUUUUGCAGAGGAUGAUGGAUGUGAUAAAGUGUGUAAGUGUUAAUAAGUAUUGAAGAUCACACAUUAUUUUGUGAUCAAUGGGAUUGGUUUCUGAGAUAGUGGCUAACAUAUUAGUGUUGGUAACAUGGCCUUUCUCUCUAUUCCAAUUGGUGUGCUUGUUUGGUACAAGAAUUACAUUACUUGUCAUAUAUACUUGGACGGAGUUCAUCAGGAAUAUAAUUGUCUUCAACAUAAAUAUAGCAUUGGGAAUUAUAUCAUGGACAUUUGGCCUUGUCUUACUACCUGCCAGAAUCCUCAACACCUUUUAUAGGGAGAGACAGUUGGAACGCAAACUGCAACAGAUGCAGAUCGAUCUAGCGAAUCUACUUCUGGACUAUAAGGAACUUGAAGAACAUCUCCAGAUAGCUGUCAAAGAACGCAGAAUAAUGGAGUUACUAGUAUCCGAGCUUGAAGAGGAGCAUGAUAUGGCCGUAGCAAAGAUUGAAAAAUUAGAGAGAAAGUUGCUAGAUCAAAUCAACGAAAACCGCCGGCUCAAAGAAGUUAAAGGCAAGGCAUACUGGUCGUCGAAGGACGCCGGUGACUACAACGACGACGGUAGACAUAUCUUCCCCCUCCAAGAUCUUGUAAUUACAAAAGAUAUUUGGGAACAUGACAACAAAAUAUGUUCUAGCAAUUUGCUUAAACUCCUUAAACCAGGGGCUACGCCACAAGUGCCGGAUUACCGGCGUGACGUGGCAAUUUCGCAGUCAGUAUUCAGUGCUAUCUUGUCAGUAGUCGUCGGCGUGACAGCGUGGCAAGCGGAAGAUCCUUGCAUGCCUCUUGUGGUGGCUCUGUUUGCCGUGGUAGGCAUGUCAUUGAAGAGUGUGGUGCAAUUCUUUGCCACCAUAGAAAACAAGCCGGUAUCGGAUGCUGUCGCUCUCUUAAGCUUCAAUUGGUUCAUUCUUGGCACUCUAACCUACCCUACCCUUCCAAGAAUUGCUCCACUUCUAGGAAGGUUUAUAGAAAUAACCAUCACCCGGUUUGGUCUUCUUUCCUUUUAGCUUCACAUAUUCACUUUAUUUCUUCUUUUGAUUUUUGUUCUAUGAUCAUAUAUUAUGUUUUCUCAUAUAGUUAUUGCUACCACCACCCCACAUGAAAGGUGAAUGGGACAUGGGGUUUUUCUU